UGUUCCACCGUAAAUCUUUUACUCGAUGAGAUUCAACUCGAUCAUUCUGCAACUUGGAGAGAUCUACGCUCAAAAGACACACAAGAAAACGAGAGAUAAACAACGUGUCCUUUCUUACUCACACUCACCAAUCCUACAAUGAGGAAGAAGACAAUGUUUGUGAAAGGGUUGCCGAUACUAGUAAUCCUACUAGUGGUGCUCUUUAUAAAAAGUAAACCCGAAGUCUUUGACGUUCCUGUGAACAAGAUGUUGCCCAAUCAGAUUUUUCGCCGCAACAUGGACCGACGACUAGGGCAACAAGAAAUGAGUAUACCUUUCAGUGCGAAUGAUCAACCAGCUGUCCCGAAAGAAGAGAACAAAGUGUCACCCAAUCAGAAUCUCCCAAACAAAAAUGGAGGGCAAGACAAAACUAUAGAUGACAAGGCAGCAUCCAGUGUUGACCAACCAACUGUCCCCAAAGAAGAGAACAAAGUGUUACCCAAUCAGAAUCUUCCUAACAAAAAUGGAGAGCGAGACAAAACGACAGAUGACAAGGCAGCCUCUACUGCAGACCAACCAAUCGCCUCAAAAGAAGAGAACAAAGUGUUACCCAAUCAGAAUGCUCCAAACAAAGAUGGAGGACAAGACAAAACUAUAGAUGACAAGGCAACCUCCAGUGCUGACCAACCAAGCAUCUCCAAAGCAUCUCCCAACCAAAACCCUCCAAACAACGAUGGAGGGCAAGAAAAAAGGAUGGAUGACAAGGCAGCCUCCAGUGUAAAUGACCAACCAAUCAUCUCUCAGGAAAAAGACAAGGUCUUACCCAAUCAAAACCUACCCAACAACAAUGGAGGGCAAGAGAAGAGAAUAAACGACAACGCAGCCCCCAGAGCAAAUGACCAACCAGACAUCAUCAAAGAAAAGGACAAAGUCUUACCCAAUCAAAACCUACCAAACAACGAUGGAGGGCAAGACAAGACGACAGAUGACAAGGCAGCCUCCAGUGCAAAUGACCAACCAAUCAUCACUCAGGAAAAAGACAAGGUCUUACCCAAUCAAAAUGCCCCAAACAAGGAUGGAGGACAAGAGAGGAGGAUAAAUGACAACGCCAGUGCAAGCCAACCAAUCAUCUCCAACGAUAAGAACAAUGUGCUACCAAAUCAGAAUCCUCCACAAAAUGACGUACGGCAAAACAAGGUCUCAGCCAACAACAACGCUAUUCCUCCCAUCAGUCCGACUUCGUCCGAGAAAACCAUUGCACAUAUUUUGAAUCGCAGGCUAACAUACAGGGUAGGGGACGAACUGUUGCUCAGGAUAGUUGCUAGAGAUGCAUUUAAUCGUCCGAAAACUGUCGGCGGAGACUUCUUCACCACCCAACUUACCACUACGUCCCCCGUACAGGCCAGUACCGCUGGUCGUAUCAAAGACUACGGCAACGGGACCUACCUAGCCCGGUUUAUUCUCGGUUGGCCUGGCCUGGUCACCGCAACUGUCAGGCUUGUUCACUCCAGCGAAGCUGUAAGCAUCCUCAAGAAAAGUCGAAGCGACAAAAUCAGACGUUUCUUCUCCUGCAUGUUUCAAGAUCCAAAAACGAACAGUACCGAAUGGACAAGUUGUACGUUUAACCAAAACGAGAAGGCGGAAUACAGUCGGAAUAUCUGUGAUUUUUCUAGACCUGACAUUAACGUGACUUGGUAUUGUCACAAGCCGAGAAGUGCCCCUUGUGAGCCCCCCAUACAAUGCAGACAGGAUCGGAACAAAUCUCUCGGCGUUGACGACCUGUUCUCGGCAGAGGAGAAGGCACUGCUUGAAGGUGACAAAGUGGAGGUUCCAGGGAACAUCAGUCUUAAUGUGAAGGAAAGAGAUACAGGGAUGGUGCCCAAAGGCCUUCCGAAAUGUGGCCUCCAUCUGCCUGAGCCAGCAUCAGAAGGUUACUGGUACAACGGUACCUGGUUCUCCCUCCGCUGUCGUGUACAACAAGGGUUCGACAGGGAGGCAGCCGUCCGAUGCCUGCGGAACAAAACCAUCUACCUGCAAGGAGACUCCACCCUUCGCCAGUGGUACAGCGAAAUAGCAAGAGACAUCAACACCGUAGACAACCCAAACAAGGAUAAAUUCCUCGGCCCUAGAGUAACCACCAACAAAACGAACAACAUAAAACUACAUUUUAGGUUCCACCAUUUUCCGGUUGGCGGUCCACCGCCUCGUCCUAUGAAUGUGUUCAGUUUCACUGCAGAUGAGAUCAAGAAUAUGAUUGGUGGACCAGAUGUUGUUAUUGUGUUAGGUCUAUGGGGGCAUUUCUCUGGUGAACCAAUGGAAACGUUUGUUUCUCGGAUGUACGGUAUACGACAUGCAAUACAGCACCUACAUAGCAGGUACCCUGAGACCAAAGUCUUCGUUCGCUCUAGUAACACUCGCGGUUUUGUUACGUUCUCUCAUUUGCGAGACAAUAGCAACUGGUAUGCCUAUCAAGUGUUACAGGAGACUAAAGAGAUUCUGGGCGAUUUAAACGUUACAAUUCUUGAUGUCUGGGAUAUGUCUGUGUGUCAGUGGCAUGAGCAUAGUGUUCACCCUCACGAUGAAGUCAUCAAAAACCAUUUAGACAUGUUUUAUUCUUAUAUAUGCCCACAGUAACCA